AUGAAGGAAGAAAUAUUAUGCCAGCUGAAUUCAGAGAAAUCAAACCUCAGAGUGGUAUUCGCUACAGUUGCAUUUGGAAUGGGAGUAGACAUACAUUCAGUUAGGCAAAUUAUUCAUAUUGGACCGCCCAGAACGAUAAGGGAGUAUUUCCAAGAAACUGGUAGAGCAGGCAGAGAUGGUAAGUUUUCAAAAGCUAUCCUCUAUUACAGCAACAGAGAUAUUGCUCAGAACAAACCAGGUUUCCAAGAAGAAGUAAGGACAUACUGCCAUUGCAAUGAUCAAUGCUUGCGAUGCUUACUUCUACAGUUUUUGGAUGUCAACCUACCAGUACCUGUUUCACCUGGACAUUUAUGUUGCAGUGUGUGUAAGGAAACCUGUGAAUGCAUCAAGUGCAUUAUAGAUACUGGUAUGUAA